AUGGAGGUUCAAGUAAGCCAGGAAGGUCUGGUAUUUUCCACAAGCACGUUGGAUACGGGUGCUCUUUCACGUCUGGACGUGCUCACUAACAAUAUUGAUGACUUAACGUCUAGUGAACUCAAUCAACCAUCUGUUCAUGAUGGUGAAACAUCACUUUCAGAAGCAUCUGCACCUAGCCACGAGUAUGAAUUAAACCAGUCAGAGUCCCUUAGGUUCUUGUAUGACUUACUAUAUGACGAAGAGUCCAACUUGUCAAAGUCUGAUAUUCUAAGCAUCUUAGAGUCCUUGAAGAAAAGAGAACGCUCAUUACCUUUCUCCUUUACCAAUGCCCGGGGACUUGACGUCCAAGGGAUCAAAUGGCCACUGUACCUUCGGGACAAGUUUUCAAGAGAAAGAGCUCGAGUUGGAAAUAAAAAGUGGUUCCAUAAUGUGCCCGGAUCUCGAGAAGAAGCAUUUAAAAAUGUUAAUAUAAAAAGCUUCCAGUAUAAAACAGAUUUCUUUCAAUUUUAUAGAUUUUUCAGUAAAUUGAAAAUUCACAUUACCCACUUCCAACUAAGAAAUUUGAUUUGCUGUGGACCCAAUUUAUCAAAUGGGAUAUUUUAUCCUCUGAGUUAUUUGCAUGAUCAUAAUCUCCAGACUGUUGAUUAUAGUGAAAUGGAUUCCCAAGAUUCGUAUCAUAACUUUUUCAAGAUUAAUAGACUAAUGCAAGAUGAGCAAUGUAUUACUCAUCCUUCAAUGAAGUUAGAUUGUCUUAUUGAUUCCAGAAACUUACUACGAAAUUCCAAUAGUAGAAUUUCUACAAUGACAUGUUCCGAGUCUUUACUAGCGAGUGGAACUUUUGAAGGGGGUUAUUUACUACAGGAUAUAAGUGAUCCUAAUGAUUCUAAAUUUAUAGGAGAGUUUUGUUUGACCAAUAAUGCUGAUGGAAUAACAAAUCAUAUUGUGAUCAAUGAUAACGAACAGUUGAUAAUCUCUUCAAAUGAUCAAUACUUGAGAUUAGUUGAUCUUGAAAAAUUUUCUACUGAUUCUACAAUGUUACCUUUCGCUGUAAAUUGUGUUGCAUUGAACCCUAAUAACAAAAAUGAAAUAUUCGUAACUGGAGAUAAUAUAAACUCUUUUAUCAUGGACACUCGUGAAAAAUUAGGAAAUAAAUCUUCGAAAAAUGUUGAUGAAUUCAGAGGGCAUAAAGAUUUUGGUUUUAGUUGUGAUUGGUCGAGAGGAAAUGAUAAUUUAUUAUUAACAGGAAAUCAGGAUGGCUGUGUAAGACUAUGGGAUAAACGUUUCUGUGAGUCUAGUCUAUAUUCUUGGAACGGAACACUUGGUUCUUCUGUAUCAAAUACUCUAAACAAUGCUGGAGGCCCGGUAAGAAAUACUAAAUUCAGCCAUACCGGUGAAUUUAUAUGUUGGGCAGAAAGUUUAGAUCAUAUUGGAAUUUUGCAAGUCGAUGAUCUUAUCAAAACUGAUACACCGAAGUUGAAACUGAGAGUACAAUCAGUUGAAUUUAUAGGUAAGUGUAUUGGGCUAAACUUUGUCCCAUCUGACUCUGGUCAUGGUGAAAAUUUAAUUGUUGGUAUAAAUGAUUGUCCAUUGGGCGGUAUUCUUAAUUAUAAAUUGGAUAGUAGAGCAAAACCACUUGACUUUGAUUUUUGUUUUUAG